UCAUUUAAAAUUAAUUUUAUACCAUAUAAAAUAGAAAAAAUUGUUUGUCUGGAUUAAUAAAAUUUAUUUAAGUAUUUGUACCGAUUUAAUUAUAUACGUAAUAGUUACUAAAUUUUUAAUUAUUCAAUAUAUAUUUAUUAUUUCAUAAUAUGUAAAAAAUAUAUAAUACUUAAAAAUAUUUUAUAUAUAAUAUUCAUCGAUCUUAACCUAGUGUUCAUUAUUAUCAAUCUAUUUUUGUAUAAGAAAGAAUUUUAUCGUUACAUGUUUUAUAUCAAUGAAUAAGUUUGUAGCAUUAUCUCUAUAUUAAUGUUAGCCCUAUGAAUAGUCGAUCAAAUAUUUCAUAUUUUUCUUGUAGAAGGUAUAAUCACAAACAAUUUUAAUCCCAGUUUUUCUAGGUCAAUAUUAUUAUCCAUAUUCUCGAUUUUCUAUAUAUGGUCAAUAUUCUCGAUUUCCUAGUUAAUGAAUGAGUUAGUAUCAUUAUCAACAUAUGAUAGUCAAUCCUAUAGUCGAUUGAAUAUAUCGUCUUAUAGAAGGUUUAGUCAGUCUCAAUCCCAGACUUGUCUAUGUUAAUAGAAGUUUAUUAUUAUCAAUAUUCUCAAUUUUUCAUAUAUGGUUUAAUUUUUGUUCGUUAUAUGUUCUUUAUAGUAUUGAAUAAUUUAGUAACAUUAUCUAAUUAUAUAAAUUAGUGAAUCCAAUAAUUCUUUUUUGACAUCUCUUGGUUUACACAUUGGCAUGUGAUGUGAAUGCAUCACUUAUGCCUCACACAGACAUCAACAAUCACAUUAUCAAUAUCUUAAGAAUUUUUUGUGAUCAUAAAUAUUUUGGUUUUAUUUAGACCUAUUUUAUUAAUGCUUCCAAUAUCAUAAACCAAAAUCAUUUUAUUACUAUUUAUGUAAUUCAUUAUCCACUUUAAUAAAUCCAUGUAAAGGCGUUCAUCAUAUUAGAUUAAUGCUAUUGUAGCAUUGAUAUAUAGUAUAACUUUGGCAAAAAAGCGACGUUGAUAAGUAUAUAUAUGUAAUAUGUGGUCAAUACUAUGGCUUGUGUCAAUAUUUUCAUUAGUUUAAACAAAUUCAAUCAGUUCAUGUAGAGUAACAUAAACUAUAAUACAAAUAUGAUAAUGAACAAGUUACAAGUUUUUUUUUUUUUUUUUUUUUGUGAACGGAACAAGUUACAAGUUAAUAAUCUAUAUUCAUAUGACAGUCAAUAUUCCUUUCAAACAGCAAUACAUAUUGUCUUGUACACAGCUUCUUUAUGCGUCGUUAACAUAAAUGAUGUCAUUUAUGCAACAAGUAAAUAUCAAUUAUCAAAACAACAAAUAUCAGCUCAUUGUUAUGUGUGUAUCACAAGUACAAUCAUUUCAGAAACCAAUCUACUAAUAACACUUUUCUGGAUAAUAUUAGUGAUGGAUAUUAACUUCGCCAAUGUUGUUACUUAUACAAAUCGUCCUUUAUAUUUGUUUAUCAUACGCUCUUUAAUGGAGUUUGUCACAUAGGUUAUCUUCAUAUGGCAGUCGAUAUUCCUUUCAAACAGCCAUACGUAUUGUCUUUUACACUUCUUGUUUAUGUGUCUUUACGUAAAUGAUGUCAUUCAUGCAUGAAGUAGAUAUCAAUUAUCAAAUCAAUACAAUAUCAGCUCAUUGUUAUGUGUGUAUCACAAGAACAAUCAUUUCAAAUCUAACAAUAACACUUUUCUGAAAAGUUAUUAGUGAUGAAUAUUAACUUCGUCAAUGUAGUUACUUAUACAAACUAUCUUUUAUAUUUGUUUAUCAUACGCUCUUUAAUGGAGUUUGUCACGCAGGUUACUUAGGGCAACAAUGUUUGCUGCACUUUCUUAAUGUAUGAGAAAGCAAUAGAUGUCCUUAUUUAUUUCUUGUAACUUAUAUAUUCUUGUUUAUUUUCCCAGAGAUGAAUGCAUAAUUAUCUACACUGUAAACGAGACAUGUCUUUUACAAUAUAUGUACUCCUGUUUCAGUUUAGUUGUCGUUAUAGAAUAAAAAAUUUGUUCAAAAUAAGUAUCGCUUUAGAAUUUCAAUGCAAAAUUUAUUAAUAUUAUUCUCCAGUUUAUUUAUUUUUAUUGGUAGAAAUAUAGUUAAGUUUAUAAUUAAUAACGUUUUUUAUUUUGAAUAUAUGCAAAAUUAAAUAAUUUUUUAAUUUGUAUGUAUAAACCUAAAAUGACAAUUAAAAUAAAACGGAGUAAAUAUUUUUUAAUUUAGUUUGCUAAAAAAAUGUGGGCCAAUAAAUCCAAAAAAAAUUAAAACAUUAACAAAAAAAGGUCAUCAAUCUUAGUCAAACUGCAUCAUAAAACUAUUAUUCAAAUGGUAAGUUUAAGGAAAUUCUUUAGUCAAAUGAUUCAAAUCAUAUUCCUAAUUAAUCUAUCACAGCCUAUCAUUUCAACCCAAUUUUAUCUAUUUAAUCUCUCAGUUAUUUACAUUCAUAUUUCACAUUUACAAAACAAACAAUCAUCAAAAAGAGAUCCCUUAGAAAAAACUAAAUCUCACUUUGUUGGAUUCAAUCUCUAGGGGCUUCCCUUACUUGUUAGCUUUGUGUUGUGUAAGUUGUGUAGUUUAUUUGGUUGUUAUCAUAAUCAAUAUAAUCUUCCAGUGGAAUUUUUUUCUCACUUUCAAACGUUUUUUUUUUGUUUCAGUAUUUCUUUCCAGAUGGACCCUAACCAUCCUUCUAAUGCCUCCUUUGUCCCCGGUCAUGUCACUCCUCCCAACCAACCCGUUCACCAUGUACGACCUAUUAACCUGUCUAACAAUGUCUAUUCCCAUCCCGAGUUCCAGCCCCAGCCUCAGUUCCAGCCCAUGCCCCAGUUCCAGCCCCAUCCCCAGUUCAUGCCCCAGCCCCAGCAGCAAACGCCUCCUUCUCGGUUAGCUCUUGUUCCGACGCAGGCGCAGCCUUCCAUAAACUAUCCUCCUUACGACGACGUAAGUUUGGAUCUAACUUCUUAUAGUUUAAACUCAAUUCGGUUUGGUCUUCUUCUUUUAUGAAAUGCUGACCUUUUUUUAUGUGUGUAGAUGAUUUUUGACGCAAUUAGGGACUUGAACGAACCGGAUGGUUCAAGCAAGACGAGGAUCUCGAGGCGUAUCAAGAGAUCGAACGCAGUUCUGCCUCCUAGUCACGCGGUUUUGAUGACUUACCAUCUCAAGACGUUGAGGAAGAAUGGCGUUCUCACCAUGGUUAACAACUUAUACAAGAUCUCUGCUGCUGCUCCUCCUCCUCCUCGGCAAGGAGUGGCUGUUGCGGCAGACCUGGUCGCUCCCAGAUAUGAGGUUCCUCCGAUGAACUCUUCUCCGCUUGAUAUGCUGGGACAGUCAAGCCGUGAGCUACCCGAGUUGCCUGUAACAGGUCCGAACCAGGUGGUUACUGAGUCGGCAAACAGACGACCUGAUCGUCCAAGGAGGGACGGAUCUGUUCCGAUCUCUCCAACUGCGGGUGCAAUUCUAGGUUUUCCAUAUCCGAGUACGUAUGCAAGCAUGCAACAAAGGGGGAGGCCACCGAGUCCUAGAGCUGCUGUGAGCGAGAGGAAGAGGCUAUGCAUAGGUGAAUCUAGCGGUGGAGUCGUCAUCGCUGCUUCUGCUGGUGGAGAAACUGUGGCCGUUGCGUCAAGGAUGUGGCGUGGACCUGGAUGUACACCUAACAUCGUUUGGAACAGGCCUAGAGAGAGUGCCACACCAAUGUCCAUCAGGGCAGCUACUGGGACAUCGGAGUCUGCCUAUGGAGAACUCAAGAGAAAGCUUGACUUUGCUUGCGAGAAAGCAAAAAAGAUCUUGGAUGUGUUGAAUGCUGGUAUUGAGAACUACGACUUUAUAGAAAUGUUGCAAGCUAGACAGGAGGUGGAAGGACUAAUACCAAUGUUGACUGUGGAGCCACAUGCCAUGAGACAAGUGCAGCCACAGGCCAUGGAAGAAGUGGAGGCACUACCCGUGGAACAGCCACAAGCCGUGGAAGAAGGGCCGUCAGAGGAGGCAGCAGCCAGUGGCGGAGCCAGAAAAUUUUUGUACUGGGGUCAAUUUUUUUUUUCAAAAUAUAUAAUUUAUAACCACAAAAAAACUAUAAAUAUACUCUAUUAUCUUUCAUAUUUUAAAACUUGUUUAUCAUAACUAUUUACUACAAUUUAAAAAUAUUUUUGAUAAAACAAAUCAGAACAAUUUUAGAAACUCAUUAGUAAUGCGAUAUUGUAAUACUAUUUUUUGACAAUUUUCACUCGCUGAUAUUUUUUCGCCGAUUCAGAAACUGAUCUGUAAGUUAACUGGUAAAUUUUAAAGAUUAAUCUACUUCUAAAAACAAAUUAGUUGUAAAAAAUAUUCAGAUCAUGAAUAUAAACUGUAAACAUUUUUAUUGAAUUGAAUCAGCUAAUCAUAAUCAUUUCUAGUUUGGUAAAAUAAAGAGGAGAGUGUAUAACAAAAAAAAUUAGAAAACUUAUUUAAAAAUUAUCCAAAAAUUGCUUGGGUAACAUGAGAAUUCUUUCUUUUUGCGUUUGUCCAAAAAAAAAUUACAAAUCACUUUUCUCAAAUUCACUCAUUAAUUUCAAAAAAAAAAAUAUUAAUUAUUGGACCUAAUACAAUUUGGGCUUUAUUGAAAUAUGUAACUAACAUUUAAUAUAAAAAACGUGUUUAUUGAAAUUUAAGCUAAUAUUAAUAUAAAUCAAAUGUUUAAUAAAUAAAAUAAACAUACUAUUCAUAUAAUUUUAAAUUAUUUUCAAUUUUUAAUGUUUUGUGAUUAUUUUUGUGAAGUUAUAUUUUUAGUGGGGUCAAAUUUUCUUUUUUUAUGGGGUCAGUACAGAUUUUCUUAAAUAAAAAAGAAAUAUUUUUUUAAAAAGUAAUGGGGUCAGCUGACCCCACACCUCCUUCACUACCUCCGCCCCUGGCAGCAGCACAGACUGAAGCUGAAACCCAAGGAGAGGAACAUGGACAAGAAGUUGUGGAAGGAGAACAAGCACAGCCCCAGCCUUAGCCUCAGACCAAAGCUGAGGCAAUGCAAGGAGCCCUGAUCUGAUUUCUGAAGAAUAAUAGUCCGAGAAAGACAGCCUAGACAUAGCCUUGGUGUUUAUGUUUAGGAGUGUUCUUUUUUAAUAGUUGUUGCAUCUAUCUUUAUUUAAAACUCAUUUAUCAUUUUUAGUUUAAUAGUUUGGUAUAGAAGAAAAAAAAUGCAUUGUGUCUCUAACUAAUAUUAUCCUUUGUUUAUAUGUUAGUAAGAGGUUGUUGUAAUUUAGAGGGAUAUUUCCAGUGUUGGAUGUUUUCUCUUUUACAUCAAUCUAAGUUUCUUUUCUCUCCAAUCUUUCAUUAUAUUAUCAUUUGUUUAUAUGUUAGUUCAGGGAGGUUGAAUCUUAAUUCCAUAUUAUUGUCUUCACUCGGGAGAAUUAUCUUCUAGUUUUAAAUAUGUUAUAUUUUGUAAAAUGGAUAAAAUAAUUUAUGUAUUAUUCUUUUGUUAAUGCUGAGAAAAUCCAUUCUAAAUAUCAACAUAGUGAAAUUCGUAGGAAAGCUUGAAAGAAGAUUAAAAUGACAAUAGGCUUCAUCCAAGAAAGCUCCCAACAGCAGAUAACAAGUUCAAGAAAAUAGAGAGAAAGGGACCAAGAAUGCCAUCCAUUGUAAUAUAAACAAAAACCAAGAGUAGUAUGUCAAUGAUCUGCAGGCAAGGAGGUUUUGUAACCAAGCAAGACUAUUUCUAGCAAUGUAUGAUUGGUACCAGUGAUCAUGGCUAUCUCCAUUGCACCCCUAUUACCUGCAGGCAAAGUAUUGUGUAAAGACAAUUAUAAGCUCUUGGAAUUGAGACACAUGGAUAUCUCACCCAUGAGACUGCGGAGAAGUGGGAACGGUUAAGGCUGAAGUAUAACUUCCCUAGCUUGAUCCAUAGAAUAUUCAAAACUAAUCCUAUCAUGUCUCAUAUUUGCAUUGGCCAUUAAGAUAACUCAGCAGUUCUGCCACGACUAGAGACAGUACUAAUGAGAAAGACCUUCAGCUGUUAAACAACUCAUGAUACACGAUAAGUUUUGUCUCUGCUCGACCAAGAAGCCCGUAUAUUGCAUUUGUAUUGUUCUAAAUCCUUAAAAAACAUGUAUUAAAAUGGUAACAAUUUAGUUCGGUGUAUUAUUAUAAAAUUUUCCCAACUGGGUUUAUGUAUUUCUUGAAAUAUAUUAUUCUUUUACGAUUAGUUUUAUCAGUCAAUUGCUAAACUGUUUCUAGCUAGAACAAAGCAUAUAACCUCAUGUUCUUGCACUACUAACAUAGAUUAGAUAUGAACUGAAACGAAUAUACGAAAGCAAGAUAUUUUGAAACAUGUACGUAAAACAUUUUUGGAAAAUAUAAGAAUAGAAACAUCUUAGAUAUUUAUUUAUAUAUAUAUAUAUAAUGAAGCAUUAAACAUGAUUUAAAAUUGAAGUAAAAUAUUAUAUAAACAUUAUACAGUUAAACAAAAGUCGGUUCUUAGAAGUUUUAAGCAAGUACACUAUUUUUGGUCCGUAAUCUGUUAUACAAAAAACACUCGAACCAUAGAGAAACAGAGAAAGAAAAUUCAGUUGAUGAGAUAUUAAAAACUUUGAAUAAAAAAAGAUGUAGAAACAAGAAAUAUAGAGGACUAAAUCUAUUAAGAAACGUAAAAAUUGAUUUACGGUAGUUAGAACUAUAACUUAAGUUAAGGUUUAAAGGUUUAAAGGCUUUUACACCCAAGUCUGGAAUUCGAAUUCCAAACUAUGUAAUUUCUCGCAGAUUGUACAUUACAUCAUAUAUAUGUUUUACACCCAAUUCUGGAGUUCAAAAAUCUGGCAAAUAUAUGUUUAAUUUUCAAGAUAGCAGAAAUAUUUAUAAAAAAGAAUCUAUGAAAAAAAAAAUACUUUCAUAUAAAAAAAAUUUAGACUCCUUUUUUUUAGUAUAAAAAUACAUGUAUUUUUUUAAAAAAAUCAAACCUUUAUCUAUUAAGAAAUACGAGGACGGAUUGGGUCCGGGACGGUCGCACCGCUGGUCCCCUAUCUAAGCCGGCCCUGACAUUUACACAAAAACAUUUUAUUUCACUCUACGUCUCAGAUUUUUCAUAUUUGAAAAAAGAGAGAUACAAACCUGAUCAGUCUUUUUAAGACAAACCUUGCAUGGUGAUCGUGGAAGUAUGGGUAAGAAUAACUACUGUAGAGAGAUUAUUCGAAUGAACGUGUAUUACUUUUUACCUUUUUAUAUUUUUGGUUUUAUUAUCUUAAACAUAAUUUUGUAAUUUAAAAAAUAUGAAUAGAAUACAUGUGUCAAAGUAGUAUUGGUAAGGUGACUUAUGAUUUAGUAUAUAAGAGAUUUUAUAUUAUUAAAAAAUAAAUAAGCAAGGCAAUAAACAAUCACAUUAAGCAUAUUAUUAUAAAAAUUAUUUUUUUCUUAUAUGUUAUAUUUUGAAUUUUUUAAAACGAAUAUAAAUUACUAAAAAUAGUAAAAGUCUCACAUUGAAAUUUUUUUGACUAAUGGUUUAACUUUUUCUUGUUCAAAGAAGAUACUAAAUCGUAAGAUUAUGAAGUUUCAUUAAUAAAUAUUCAUAUUAUAUAUAUAUAUAUUAAUAUAAUUUAAAUUUAAUUAUAUACUAUAUAAAAAUAUAUAAUUAUGUUUAUUUCAAUAUUUCCAGUGAAUAAUUAUUGAGAUCUUAAUAUUUUAAUUUUUGAAAUUUGUAUUGACAAAUCUUAGAUUAAAAGUUUUGUGAUUAACAAUUUAAAUGUUUGUUACAAAAAAUAUACAAAUGUUGAUAAAAUCAUAUGAGUAAAAAGUGUCAAUAAUAAACAUUUAUAUUAAAAUAUACUAUUGUAUCCUCUCUCACAUUAAAAUCUCUUUUUAUUCUUUCCUUAAAUAAAAGCUAUAGAAUUACCUAAUAUGAUUAAAAUAUAUAAAUAAUUAAUGAUUAUUAAUAAUAAAUAUUUGAUAACAAUUUUGUAUCCUCUCACUUUUUUUGGUUAAUUUUAUAUUAUUAAAAGAAAUUCAACAAUCACAUUAAACAUAUAAUAAAAAAAUUAUAUUUUCGUAUAUUUUAUAUUUUAAAUUUUUUAAAACAACUAAAAUUACUAAAAUGGUAAAAAUCUCACAUUGAAAUUUUUUGACCAAUGGUUUAAUUUUUUUUGUUCAAGGAAGAUACAAAAUCGUAUGAAUACGAAGUCUCAUUAAUAACUAUUCAUAUAUAUAUAUAUAUAUAUAUAUAUAUAUAUAUAUAUAUAUUUAUUAAUAUCAUUAAAAUUAAAUUAUAUA